CUAGCCUCUAGGACGCAGCAAGCUAGCCAGACCAGCCAUGGCUGCUCAAGACGAGCAGCCGCUGCACAUCCUCUUCUUCCCGUUCCUAGCCCCGGGCCACCUCAUUCCAACCACCGACAUGGCCGCGCUCUUCGCCGCCCGCGGCGUUCGGUGUACCAUCCUCACCACGCCGGUCAACGCCGCCAUCAUCCGCUCGGCCGUCGACCGCGCCAACGACGCCUCCGCCGGCACAAACAGCUCCCUCGCGAUCGACAUCUCCAUCGUGCCUUUCCCCGACGUCGGGCUCCCGCCGGGCGUCGAGAACUUCGCGGCCCUCACGUCCCAGGACGAACGCGACAGGUUCUUCCGAGCGCUGCCACUGUUCCGGGAGCCCUUUGGCCGGCUCCUGGCCGACAGCCGCCCAGACGCCGUCAUCUCCGACAGCUUCUUCCACUGGUCCGUUGACGCCGCGGCGGAGCACGGCGUCCCGCGCAUCGCGUUCCUCGGCAGCAGCAUGUUCGCGCGCUCCUGCAGCGACAGCAUGCUGCGCCACAACCCGCUGGCGGCCGCCCCCGACGACCCCGACGCCCUCGUCUCCCUGCCGGGGCUGCCGCACCGCGUCGAGAUGAGGCGGAGCCAGAUGAUGGACCCGGCGAGGGCGUCGCACUGGGCCUUCUUCGAGAGCGUGAACGCCGCGGACCAGCGGAGCUUCGGCGAGGUGUUCAACAGCUUCCACGAGCUGGAGCCGGACUACGUGGAGCACUACCGCGCGACGCUCGGCCGCCGCGCGUGGCUCGUGGGGCCCGUGGCGCUCGCCGGCAAGGACGACGUGGCCGGGCGAGGCGCCAGCGCGCCCUCGACGGACGCGGACGGCUGCCUCCGGUGGCUGGACGCGAAGCCGGCCGGCUCGGUGGUGUACGUGUCCUUCGGCACGCUGGCCAGCUUCUCGCCGGCGGAGCUGCGCCAGCUCGCCCGCGGCCUCGACCUCUCAGGCACGAAUUUCCUGUGGGCGAUGGGCGGAGCGGACACUUCGCCGGAGAAGUGGAUGCCCGAAGGCUUCGCGGAGCUGGUGGCACCACGCGGCGGUCGCGGCUUCAUCGUACGGGGCUGGGCGCCGCAGCUGCUCAUCCUGAACCACCCGGCCCUCCGCGGGUUCGUGACGCACUGCGGCUGGAACUCGGUGCUGGAGGCCGUGAGCGCCGGCGUGCCGAUGGUCACGUGGCCGCGGCACGCAGACCAGUUCAACAACGAGAUGCUCAUCGUGGAGCUGCUCGAGGUGGGCGUCAGCGUCGGCGCCAAGGACUACGGGUCGUCCCUCGAUGCCCACGAGGUGGUGGCCGGCGAGGUGAUCGCCGGAUCCAUCGGGAGGUUGAUGGAGAGUGACGCCAUACAGAAGAAGGCCAAGGAUCUCGCUGUGAAGGCAAGGAGCGCCGUGGAGACGGGCGGGUCUUCGUACGACGCCGUUGGCCGGCUGAUGGACGAGUUAACGGCUCGCCGGAGUUCCGUCAAGGUUAAUUAA